UUUCUUUAUUACCAAACAUGAGAACUUAGUAACAAGUAACAAUAAUUGAGAAAAAGGAGUGUAGUAGGAUGAAGUUAUAGUUUUUCCUCCUCCAGAGCAAAGCAUGGCCCUCAGCAUCCUUUACCUGAGUCUGAGUCUCCUCACUGUCACUGUUCAGUCAUCUAAACCAGAAGCACCUUUCGCUUGCGACUUCUCCAACCCUUCAUCCAGAUCCUACCCAUUCUGCAACCCCAAGCUCCCCAUUCCCCAAAGAACCAAAGACCUUCUCUCCCGUCUCACCUUGGACGAAAAGCUCUCCCAGCUGGUCAACACCGCCCCUCCCAUCCCCCGCCUCGGCAUCCCCGCCUACCAGUGGUGGAGCGAAGCCCUCCACGGCGUCUCAGGAGUCGGCCCCGGCAUCCUCUUCGACAACAACUCCACCAUCUCCUCCGCCACCAGCUUCCCUCAGGUCAUCCUCACCGCCGCCUCCUUCGACUCCCGCCUCUGGUACCGAAUCGGCCACGCCAUCGGCAUCGAAGCCAGGGCAAUCUUCAAUGCUGGCCAAGCCAAUGGCCUCACGUUCUGGGCUCCUAAUAUCAACAUCUUUAGGGACCCAAGAUGGGGCAGAGGCCAAGAGACUGCUGGUGAAGACCCUCUCCUCACUUCUCGCUAUGCGGUUUCUUUUGUCAGAGGCCUUCAAGGAGAUUCCUUUAAGGGAGCCCAUCUUCUAGCCUCUGCGUGCUGCAAGCAUUUCACCGCUUAUGAUUUGGACAAUUGGAAGGGCGUCGAUCGCUUUGUCUUCGAUGCUCGCGUAUCUUUGCAAGAUUUAGCGGAUACAUACCAGCCUCCUUUUCAGAGUUGCGUACAGCAAGGACGAGCCAGUGGGAUAAUGUGUGCUUACAAUCGUGUCAACGGAGUUCCCAACUGUGCUGAUUACGGUCUGUUAACCCAAACCGCCAGAAAUCAAUGGGAUUUCCAUGGGUAUAUCACUUCGGAUUGUGGAGCAGUGGGGUUCAUACACGACAGGCAAAGGUAUGCAAAAUCACCAGAGGAUGUUGUAGCCGAUGUUCUUCGGGCUGGGAUGGAUUUGGAAUGUGGUUCUUAUUUGACAUAUCACGCUAAAUCAGCAGUGUUGCAGAAAAAGUUAGGCAUGUCUGAAAUAGACCGUGCCCUUCAGAAUCUGUUCUCUAUUAGAAUGAGGCUAGGCCUAUUUGAUGGAAAUCCAACAAGGCUCUCAUUCGGCUUGAUUGGCUCCAAUCAUGUAUGUUCCAAAGAGCACCAAUAUCUGGCUCUUGAAGCUGCAAGAAAUGGCAUAGUCCUCUUAAAAAACUCUCCCACACUUCUCCCACUUCCAAAAACAAUCCCCAGCAUUUCCUUAGCAGUGAUAGGUCCCAAUGCCAAUUCUUCUCCGCUAACUCUUCUAGGGAACUAUGCUGGCCCUCCUUGUAAAUACGUUACAAUACUGCAAGGCUUUCGGCACUAUGUUAAGAACGCGUUUUAUCAUCCCGGCUGUGAUGGUGGACCCAAGUGUUCUUCCGCUCAAAUAGACCAGGCAGUGGAAGUUGCAAAGAAAGUGGAUUAUGUGGUGCUGGUUAUGGGAUUGGAUCAAAGUGAAGAGAGGGAAGAACGCGAUCGCGUUCAUCUUGACUUGCCGGGCAAGCAACUUGAACUCAUUAACGGCGUUGCUGAAGCUUCUAAGAAACCAGUUAUUUUGGUCCUCCUUAGUGGAGGGCCUUUAGAUAUCACUUCAGCCAAGUAUAACCACAAAAUUGGAGGAAUUCUCUGGGCUGGUUAUCCAGGGGAACUUGGAGGCAUUGCACUUGCUCAGAUUAUCUUUGGUGACCACAAUCCAGGAGGGAGACUACCAACUACUUGGUACCCAAAAGAUUACAUCAAAGUACCAAUGACAGACAUGAGGAUGCGAGCUGAUCCUUCAACCGGCUAUCCCGGGAGAACUUACCGGUUUUACAAGGGUCCAAAGGUGUAUGAGUUUGGCUAUGGACUAAGCUACUCAAAGUAUUCCUAUGAGUUUGUUUCUGUCACACAUGACAAGCUUCACUUCAACCAAUCAUCCACUCAUUUGAUGGUUGAAAAUUCCGAAACCAUAAGUUACAAACUAGUUUCGGAGUUGGAUGAACAAACCUGCCAAAGCAUGUCACUCUCAGUCACAGUGAGAGUUCAAAAUCAUGGAAGCAUGGUGGGGAAGCAUCCUGUAUUGCUGUUUAUUAGGCCUAAAAGACAGAAAAGUGGAAGUCCUGUGAAACAGUUGGUGGGUUUCGAGAGUGUUAUGCUUGAUGCAGGGGAAAUGGCUCAUGUUGAAUUUGAGGUAAGCCCUUGUGAGCAUCUUAGUAGAGCAAAUGAGGCUGGUGCAAUGAUAAUAGAAGAAGGGUCUCAUAUGUUGCUUGUGGAUGAUCAAGAGCAUCCAAUAGAUAUACAUGUUUGAUGCUACAGAUUUAUUCUUCAACGAUGUCAAGAUAAUUUUAGCGAACAUGUCUCUGAAACACGCUGCAUUUUGGGAUUAUGAGACCAAGAAAUGUACUAUAAUUUGAUUUGAAUCUUGGCUCCAUGGUAUUUGCAUCUGAAAUUCAGAUGAACGAAGAACUAUUUGAGUGUUGCAUGUAAAAGUUGGUCCUCGUCGAUUAUUGAUCGGGAUAAACCUGGUCACUAAAUAGAAUUGUUGUAUGCAUCAUCUUAUAGUGUGUUUUUUUUUUUCUUUC